AUGGUAAAUGGUGACAAACUGGAACAAGCAGUUGCUAUUGCUGGGGGAGUAAUAGGAGGGAUCCUUUUAUUUGUUCUCAUUGGAAUAACUGCAUACCUGCUCUGGAAGAAAUUUUGCUGCCUCUUUUCUUAUGAAAAGCUCACCAGUCCUGUCAAAACAACAAAUGCAAAAGCCUUUUUUCAGGACCAGUCAACUUCUGAAAUUCAACCACAAAGCACAAGAUCCCGAAGCGUUCCAUUCAUCGUUCCACCAACACUGCACGGGCGAGACUGGAUUAACCUGACGAGCGAAGAACAGGUUCAGGAGGACAGUGACCCCUACAUGAUUCCUCAGCCUGGGCCACGCUCAUCGUUUCAUUCUUUGGCUGGAGCUUAUGUUGUAGGAACCAUUAACCCAGAGCUGUACAAGUUUCCUGAAGACAAAAGCGAGACGGAUUUUCCUGAAGGCAACAUUGGCCGCCUCUGGUUCUCCAUAGAAUAUGAGCACGAGUCAGAAAGGCUCCUCGUCUCCUUGAUUAAAGUCAGAAAGCUGCAGCCUCCUGCCGAUUCCUGUAGUCCAUUUGUGAAAAUCUACUUGCUGCCUGAUGAAAGAAGCUACUUGCAGUCCAAAACAAAACGCAAAACCCUUAACCCUCAGUUUGAUGAAAACUUUGUUUUUCAGGUUUCCAGUAAAAUGUUGCUCCAAAGGACUCUGAAGUUUUUGGUUUAUCAUGUCGAUAAACAGAAGAAGCAUCAUCUCCUAGGCCAAGUUAUGUUCCCACUGAAAAAUGGAACAUUAACUGAUGACAACAAACUAGUCAUAUGGAGAGAUCUGGAGAAAGAAAACUUGGAGCCUCCUUCAGACUCUGGCGAUAUCCAGUUCUCCCUCAGCUACAAUGACUACCUGGGCCGUCUCACUGUAGUGGUUCUGAGGGCAAGGGGAUUAAAGCUCCAGGAGGAGAGCCAUGCUGUCAGUGUGUAUGUCAAAGUCUCACUAAUGAACCAUAAUAAAUUCAUCAAAACUAAAAAGACAGCAGCUGUUCUGGGAUCUCCCAAUCCAGUGUACAAUGAAACCUUCAGUUUCAAGGCACAUCAGACAGAGCUGGAUACAGCGAGCCUGAGUCUAUCUGUGCUACAGAGUAUCAAGGGAGAAAAAACGCAUCUGCUAGGACGCGUAGUAGUUGGGCCUUUCAUGUACACCCGCGGCAAAGAACUAGAACACUGGAAUGAAAUGAUCAGCAAGCCCAAGGAGUUGGUUAAACGAUGGCAUGCUCUCUGCCACAGCAUGUAAACAGCAUGGAUUAAAAAAACCAACCUUAAAAUGGGAAAGCUCUCACUAUCUUUCAUAAUCUAAUGAUAAAGCAUACAAAAUCUUUGACUGUUUUACACUCCUAAAUAGACAAGAACAAAAUAAGUAAAUGGUUUCCUUGCCCAAACGCGAAGAGAAGACUUGGUCCCUG